GCCCUGCGGCUGCUGCUGGACGCCCGCGCGCCGCCCGACUCGGCCACGGCGGGGGGCUGGACGGCGCUGCUGUUCGCGUGCCAGUCUGCGGACCUGCCCGCUGUGGAGAUGCUGCUCGCGGCCGGGGCCAGUCCGCAGGCAAAGAACAACAGAGACAGGACGGCGCUGUCCUUCGCCUGCGGGAGCGGCUCGGUGGAGGUGCUCGAGCGGCUGCUGGACGCCCGCGCCGCGGUCGACGCCCCGGCGCAGGACGGCUGGAACUGCCUGUCGCUGGCCACUCAGGCGGGGCACGAGGCGGUCGUCAGCGCCCUCCUGCGCCGCGGGGCCGCCGCGGACGCGACCACCGCAGGCGGCUGGACCUCCAUCCACCUGGCUGCGCAGCAGGGGGACGAGGCGCUCGUGCGCGCCCUCCUUGCCGGCCGCGCCUCGCUGGACCUGGUGCAGAAGGAC